AUGGGCAGCUGUGGCUGUUCCGGAGGCUGUGGGGGCUGUGGGGGCUGUGGCUCCAGCUGUUGUGUGCCCGUCUGCUGCUGCAAGCCUGUGUGCUGCUGUGUGCCAGCCUGUUCCUGCUCCAGCUGUGGCUCGUGUGGGGGCUGCAAGGGGCUCUGUGGUUCCUGUGAGGGUACCAAGGGGCGCUAUGGCUCAUGCUGUGGUUCUUGUGGCUGCUGUCAGUCCAGCUGCUGUAAGCCCAGCUGCUGCCAGUUCAGCUGCUGCAAACCUUGCUGUUGUUCUUCAGGCUGUGGACAAUCCUGCUGUCAGUCCAGCUCCUGCAAGCCCAGCUGCUGCUCCUCAGGCUGUGGACAAUCCUGCUGUCAGUCUAGCUGCUGCAAGCCUAGCUGCUGUGUCCCCAUUUGCUGCCAGUGCAAGAUCUAA